AGAAUGAAUUUAUAGCCACUGGUAUCGUGUAACUGUCUGUCAUUAUCGUCUUGGAGUCUUAGGAACAUUUAUCUAGAACACCAUGAUUUUCUUUAUAUUGAGCGUUAUGUUUUAUAUCGUGGGUCCAUUACUCAAAGUGUCUGCACUCCCCAAUACUGAUUUAGAACGGAAGGUUGAUAAUUUGGAGUCGAAACUUGAGGCCAUGUCUACCGUUGUACUCCGACUGAUGAAGGAAAACGAGAAACUAGAAACCAUGGCUGACAAUGUACCGAGACUGAUUAAGGAAAACGAGCAGCUGAAGAUUAGAGUGAACCUGCUAGAGCAAAUGGUACAAGGGCCAAGUGACGAAGGGCCGGAUGCAACAGAAGGGAUGGUUCAGAAGAACAAAGAUAGGAAGGAGGAGAGCUGGGUUAUGAGAAUCACAGACAAGUCUGGAGAGCAGGAUAAUGAGGAUUCAAAAGGAUCGUAUCACAGAGACCAGCAAAACAGAAAGAGAAUAGUACCAGCAACGUCUUCUCCGACUGGUCCAGUCGCUUUCCAUGCCUAUCUAUCAAUUGACAGCACAGGUCCUCUUCCAGCUCACCACAUUCUGAAGUUUGACAGCGUUUCCUUAAACAAAGGACACGGAUAUAACGCUUACGACGGGAUAUUCGUUGCUCCUACUUCCGGAACUUAUGUCUUCACCUGGUCUAUAAUGGCCGGUACACAUGGCAACGUGUUCAGUCAAUUGAUGAAAAAUUCUGACAUUGUUGGUAGUAGAGUUGCCGACUCUACAACCUCCGGCGAAUGGGAUUUCUCAACAGGAAUUGUCGUCGUGGACGUUAAUCAGGGUGACCAUGUAUACGUGCAGUUAGGAAUGGCCUCGAAGGGGAAAGUAUUAAGUGUCGUUUACAGCAGAACGACAUUUUCCGGGUGGGCCUUAAACUAAUGUAGCCAAGAAGAAAAUAUUAAAAAAUGUUUUAAAAAGU